AAAUGCGAGCGAAUACAAACGGUGCUCUGCUCAGACGUCAACUACAACCUCACCAUCAUGCCAAACAUUGCAGAACAGACGAACCAGAGAGAUGCAGAGUUGCAGAUGUACGAAUUCGUGCCACUCAUCAGAACAAAAUGCAGUCCAUGGUUGAAGUUCUUUCUAUGUUCAGUUUAUUUUCCAUUUUGUACUGAGCAAGUUGACGAAACACUGAUCAUUCCACCCUGUAGAUCGAUGUGUUUGGGUGUGAAGGAAAAUUGUGAACCAAUUCUUCACCAAGUCAGUCUCAAAUGGCCAGAUGUUCUUGACUGUGGCAAGUUGCCGGAAAAGAACGAUCGUUAUUCCAAUCUCUGUAUCGAACCUCCUCUUGGCUACCACGAUAAAAAGGAUUUUAAAUGUCCACCUAGAUACACAAAUGUGGAGAUAAUGAUCAGAGGAAUGAGUAAUGACACCUGUGCUCCGCGAUGUCAAGUUGAUGUCAUGUACAGGUUCACCGAUAAGAAAUUUGCCGAAAUUUGGAUGAUACUGUGGGCAGUAUUGUGCUUGGUUUCCACGUUGUUUACUUUCCUGACUUUCAUUUUGGACACCACACGAUUUGAGUAUCCAGAGAGACCAAUUAUUUACUUAUCCAUGUGCUGCUUGGUGUAUUCCUGUGGUUAUAUAAUACGGUUUGCAAGAGGGUUGAGUGACGUUUCUUGCAUAGAAUCUCGUCAUCAAGUUAGUUACGUAAUUCAAGAAGGAUUGGAAAAUACGUGGUGUGUGGUGGUCUUUCUCAUUCUAUAUUACUUCAACAUGGCCGGAUGCAUAUGGUGGGUCAUUCUCACCUCGACCUUUUACUUUUCUGCCGCAAAGAAAUGGAGUCGUGAAGCCCUGCAGAAAGCAAACAAUUAUUUCCACGUAAUAUCCUGGACGUUGCCUGCUGUUCUGACGACAAUUGUACUGACCAUGCGCAGGUUGGAUGGUGACGAGUUGACCGGUCUCUGCUUCGUCGGCAACCAAGAUAUGGACUCUUUGUUAACAUUUGUCCUUUUCCCCAAUAUGGUUUUUCUCAUCAUUGGAGUUUAUUUCAUUAUUGGCGGGUUUGUUGCCAUGUUUCGAAUUAGGCAGGAUUUAGUAUCGGAUGGUUGCUUGGACGUUAAAAAAUUUGAAAAAUUGAUGAUGAAAAUCGGAAUAUUUUCCAUCCUUUAUACACUACCAGAUAUUUGCGUGGUUGGCUGCUUGUUUUUCGAGUGGUUGAACUUCCGUGAUUGGAGGGCAGCAGCAUAUUUGACUCCCUGUUACAAAUUCGACGACUCACUGAACCAUCAACAAUUAGUUGAUUGCUCUCUAGAAAAAUCCAUUCCAGCCGUUGAGGUGAAAGUUUUAAAAAUUUUCAUGUCACUCGUUAUUGGAACAGCCAGUGGAAUUUGGGUCUGGUCCCCAAAAACCGUACAAUUGUGGACUAAAUUUUUUAAAAAGUUUUGUCCAGGCAAAAGCAAUGAAAACUGCAAUAGACCUCGCAUUUAUAAAAAGAAUUCUUUCAGCAAAGUAUCAACCAAUGCAAAAUCUACAAGCUCAGUAUUACAAUCAAAUAGAUUGGUCGGUGCAGAAAUCGUCUAAACAGUCGAGUCGCAUGCCACAAGUACAUGAAUGCAUUUUUAUUUUUUCUGUGAUUGAUGGCCAGAAUUUCAUACACUAUAUACCUCAUGUUAUAUGUUUAUACUCGUUUCUGUUUAAUAUGUUUAUGUUAUGCUACACGUUCUCGUAUUGAUCUGUUAAAAAGUUUUGGUAAAAUUUUCCAUUAAAACAAUGUUAAAAUUUAUGGUAAAUCAUCUGUUUUCAAUUUUUUAAUUCUAUCAAUUUUUUAAAUUUAUUUCACUCAAUAUGUUACUCAAUGUAAUAUGCAUUUAUAAUAUAAGGUGUUGCAAUUAUUGAUGAAAAUCAUAGCAUUCUCCGCGUUGGUUAGCUUCCUAAUUAAUUGUUCAAUUUUUCUAACGGUAGAUCGCAAAUCAUUGUAAAGUUUCUUUAGUUUUAAGCGUGAUAGAACAGAAAAGCUUUUUUCGGUAUUCCUAUACCAUCUUCGAUGUUCGAAUAGAUAUGUUCUGUAUGUUGUCAAAUGCUCAAGUAUACAUAUACUGUGUCUACUACAUAACUACAUAUACAAUAAAAAUUUUGAUUAUGAACUCGAAACUGAAAAAUUAAAUAGGAAGCUAACUAACGCCAAACAUGUCGUGAUUUUAAUCAACGAUUGCAUUUCUGGCAGUCUUAAUCCAAUUAAAGUAUUAUAGACGUUUAAGAGUUUUUUGAUGUAGACUUUUGACAACUUUACCCAAUCUUCAUUUCAUGUUACCAUCCGCUGUUCAUAAACUCUCCAGCAUAACCUAAUUUAUUAAUACUUUCCCGUACCCAAUGAUCUAAUUAACUUAAUUCAAUUUUAUAUGUUAAUAAACUCUUAUUUUAUAGUUUCAUGUUUAUUUGUUUAUCUUCAGCUAUCAAAUUUAUAACUUAUGUUUUGUGAAAUUUGUAUAAACAAUUUGGGUAAACAUUCUUCUAAAAAUUUU